ACUUCGUGGGUGUUGCGGUUUCUUCGCAGCAGUAUUUACCUCACUAUCAAGUGUCACUGUUUUGCGUCGCGAUCGUAACACAAUAAUACAAGUUCGCGAUCGUAACACAAUAAUAUUAGUUAGCGAUUGCAUGUUGCCCACCGCACGCCGCCGCCAUCGAUCAGCUGAUCGCCCGGAAUAACUUGUCCACCGCCUACUCCGAUCACCCCCACCGACCGACACCAGUCUUAUUUACAUGAGUAUGGCGGCGCAACUGCAACUAUAGUUGUCCCGUCUAUCGUGUCGUUGGACGUCGUUGCAUUUGACGUCAGUGGAACAAGUCGUCCGGUCUUUUUCAAUCGCUGAGACUCUCGGUACUAGUGUGGGUUUUUGACAACUCCAAAACCCGGACUUCAUAUACCAUUUACAAUGCAAAAUAAAAAAGAAAAACCAGAAUCUGGAAGAUGUGCAAAAUAUGCAAAAUACGAAUAUAAAAAAUCGUCUUAUGCAGAGACUCAUGGAGUGUUACAAUCAUUACGCCAAGAUGGGUUAUUUUGUGAUAUUAAACUAAAAACAGACGAUAACAAAAUAAUAAUCGCACACAAAGUGCUUUUAGCAUCAGCUAGUCCAUAUUUCCAUGCUAUGUUCACCAAUUUUUCAGAAAGGAAUCAUGAUCUUGUUGUAAUGAGAGAAAUAGAUUCAACAGCUUUACAGCAGUUGGUAAACUUUAUUUAUUCGGGAAGAAUUGUGAUCACUGAAGAAAAUGUACAGGAUUUGUUACCAGCUGCAAAUCUCUUGCAGUUACAAGAAGUAAAAGAGGUUUGUUGUGAUUUUUUAAAUUCACAACUCUGCCCCACAAAUUGCAUCGGUAUACACGCAAUAGCUGAUUUACACAGCUGUACGAAAUUGUUAACAAGUUCAGAAUUAUAUAUUCAACAACACUUUUCUGAAGUUGUUGGUGGUGACGAAUUUCUAUCGCUAUCAUCGGAAAAAGUAAUUCAGUUGAUCUCCAGUGAUAAACUUACAGUUCCAUCUGAAGAAAAAGUAUUUGAAAGUGUUAUUCGUUGGGUAAAAUAUGAUUCGGGUUCAAGAAAAUGUAUUUUACCCCAAUUAAUGGAACACGUUCGUUUACCAUUAACAUCGAAGGAUUACAUAUUAAAAAAAGUAGUUGAGGAACCUCUUAUUAGAAAUUGUUUAAAAUGUAAAGAUUACAUAAGCGAGGCAUUAAAUUUUCAUACACUCAAUUCAGAAGAGCUUAUUUCACAAAACAUCCGGUGUAAAGAUAGACAUGGAGAUAAAGUAAUUUUAGUUGCUAGUAGAUUUGAUACUGAUGAAUGUAUCAGUAUAAAAUUUUACGAACCAAAAAUGAACCGAUGGCAUAAUGGACCUGAAAUGAUAACAAACCGUAAAAAUGCUGGUCUAGCUGUAGUGAAAGAUAAUUUAGUGUUUGCUGUGGGGGGUUCCACUCAUAUUUGGCAACAACUUCAGUCUGUUGAUGUGCUUGAUUUAUCCUCAGAAUCACCUUGUUGGAAAUCAAGUGUUGAAAUGUUAGUUAAACGAAAUUCUUUUGGAGUUGGUGUCAUCAAUAAUAAACUAUAUGCCGUCGGUGGACAUAACGAUAGAGAUGGUUCAUUAGAUAGCGCAGAAGUUUUCGAUUACAAUUCUCAAGAAUGGCGUAUGAUAUCUAGUAUGUCUACUAGAAGAUGUGGUUUAGGGGUCGCAGUCCUGAAUAAUCUUUUAUAUGCGAUAGGAGGAGAAGGUGAAUGCCGGGAAGAUGCUUUAGAGACUGUUGAAUGUUAUGAUCCCAGUCUUGAUACAUGGACAGAAGUUGAAGACAUGUUCCUAUGUCGUAGUCGGGUUGGAGUAGGAGUUUUAGACGGUGUACUGUAUGCUGUUGGUGGUCAUAAUGGAUUAAAAACUCGGAGUAGUUGUCAAGCAUACAGACCAAGUACAGAUGAUUGGACUACUAUUGCGGACAUGAAUUUUCCUCGAUAUGGUGCAGUUUAUAUCAAUUUUCAAUAUAGGAGUAGUCGCAAUAGACGGUUUACUGUAUGUCUUUGGUGGAUCUCACAACUCUCACAUUGAGGAUUCUAUAGAAUGUUACAGCCCCAUAACCAAUACCUGGACCAUAGUUGAACCGUUAAGGAUUCAUGAAUAUGCUACAGCACGCGUAAUAGCCAUUAAUAGGCCACGACAUUUAAAUACUUAUUAGUAUUCAUGAUAUUUGUUUGAUACAGUAUAUAAAUGUUUUCCUAUUUUGUAAAAUAGUAUGUUAUUUGAUUAUUCAUUUAUUUUAUUGUAUUUUAAUGUUUAUUAAAGGUUUCAUAUUGUA